GAGCGGCGCCGCAAAACACCAGAAAUAAUCCAGCUUCACAUCACCAACCCCGUUCACCUCUACACCACCAUUCCCUCUACCACACUCAACUCAGCGCACCAAACCUCCCAAAUACAUACUUCCUCAACUAGAGGACCCAACCACCGCCAAAAUGCCCUACCUCCCAACCUCACAAUCCUACCUCGAACAAUCCUCUCUCCUCCUCCAAGCCUACCCAGACACGAGAAUCACAACAAAAUACACCUUCCCCCGCACAUCCACAUCCACAAAACCCUCCUCGACAACACAACCCACAUCUACAGAAGAAACCGAACCCAAACCCCGCAUCGCCGUCCUCGAACUCAAGACCUAUCACCCGGGAUCCGGCAUCUGUUUGAAAUAUCGCACGAACAAGGGCGCCGAGGUGGGUCGGUUGAUUACCUCGUUGGGGAAGUUGGCUGCCGGGGCGGAUGUUGAGGGCUUGGGGUUGGGGAAUAAUCCUGCUGCUGUUCCUGCUUCUGGUGCUGGUGCUGGGGAUGUGGAGAUGGGGGAUGCUCCUGCUGUUGCUGCUGCUGAGGGACAGACGGUAGCUGGGGAGGGGGUUAAUUCUGGUGCAGCUGGGAAGGGAGGGAAAGGGAAGAAGAAGGGGGGGAAGGGGAAGAGGUGA